AUGUUAGAAAAAAAGUUUGCUGACAUUGACAAGAAAUUUGAGAAUGUUUUAAACAAGAACAAGGUGAAGUUAGAAAAUGCUCAGAUAAAACCUAUACAUGACAAGUUCUUAUUUGCUCAGAAUGGUAUAACAGGUCUAAUUGCACCACCUGGGUCGGGUAAGACUUUCACUUAUCUUAAAAUGGCUGCACAACAACAAGAACUAGAUGAGAAGAACCCAUUCUAUGAGUUAGUUGUUAUUUGUAGUACUUCUGGUCAAUUUGACCAAACCGUCAAUUCGUUCAAAGAUAUUAUAA